GAGCGCAGAAAUUUAACCCAUUGGCCAUUGCCCUCUCAUCGUCUCCUCGCUUCAACAACCACUAUAAAUUGCUGUUUAUGCACUUUCUCUUUCGUGUGGUUCAGAAAAUCCCUUGUAAGAUAAGGCUGUGAAUAAACAAGCCUUCAAAGAAUCAUAUUUCAAAACCCUUUGCGUCUACGUUGAUCUGUUUUUGUUGUUUUUUGUCUUCUCUUUUAAGUGAAUGUGUUUUCGAUGCGAAGGGUGGAGGUUUCGGAAUUGUUAAACCAUGGCAGAGAUCGAGAACGAGUCCGAGGACGCGGCGUCGUCGUCGGAGGUGAACCUGUUUGGGAAAUACGAGCGGGGGAAGCUGCUGGGCUACGGUGCCUUCGCGAAGGUGUACCACGCGCGGAACGUGGGAACAGGGCAGAAUGUGGCGGUCAAGGCUGUGAGUAGGCAAAAGGUUCUCAAAGGCGGGCUCACGGCGAAUGUUAAGCGGGAGAUCGCUAUCAUGCACCGGAUGCACCAUCCGCACAUCAUGAAGCUCCACGAGGUCCUCGCCACCAAGACCAAGAUCUACUUCGUCAUGGAGUUCGCCAAGGGAGGCGAGCUGUUCGGGAAGAUAGCCAAGGGACGCUUCAGCGAGGAUCUCAGCCGUCAGUACUUCCAGCAGCUGAUCUCCGCUGUCGGAUACUGCCACUUGCAAGGGGUAUUCCACCGAGACCUCAAGCCCGAGAAUCUCCUCCUCGACGAGAACUGGAACCUGAAGGUCUCCGAUUUCGGACUCAGCGCCGUCACGGAACAGAUCCGAUCCGACGGGCUGCUCCACACGCUGUGCGGGACACCCGCCUACGUGGCGCCUGAGAUUCUCUCCAAGAAAGGCUACAAUGGUGCGAAGGCGGAUAUCUGGUCAUGCGGUGUCAUAUUGUAUGUUUUGAACGCCGGUUACUUGCCGUUCAACGACCCGAAUCUCAUGGUGAUGUACCGGAAGAUAUACAAGGGCGAGUUCCGGUUCCCGAAAUGGACUUCACCGGCUCUGCGGCUACUCAUUUCGCGGCUUCUCGACACGAACCCCGAGACGAGGAUUACCGUCGAUGAGAUCAUCCAGGACCCUUGGUUCAGGCAGGGUUACAAGGACAUCAAGUUGCAUGACGAAUACGUGGACGGUUUUGAUCUGAAGGACGACGGGGACGAGGAGUGCGCAAAGCACAUGAACGCCUUCGAUUUGAUCUCGUUUUCGUCCGGUUUCGACCUGACCAGUUUGUUCAGCGACUCUGAUAUUUCGGUCCGUGGGGAGCGGUUCUUAUCGGAGGAGACACCGGGGAGGAUAAUCGAACGAAUCUGUGAGGUAGCGGAGACGGAGAAUGUGGUGGUGACGAAGAAGGAUUGGGGGGUAAAGUUGGAGGGGCAGAAUGGAAAUUUCGUGGUGGUUAUAAAGGUUUACCGGUUAACGGGUAGUCUAGUGGUCGUUGAGAUCCGGAAGAGGGAGAGCGACAUUGGACCUGGCCUACAAAUUUGGAAACAUAAGUUAAGGCCACAGCUCGAUGAUUUGGUCUAUCAACCGCAAACCCCGGUUCCCGGUGAAUAAAGUGUAAUCAGGGUUCUGUGUUAUUUUAUUGUAAUUAUGGAUAUCAUUUAUUGGUGGAGGCUUGGAGCAGCCAGAGGGUCCACCAUGCAUCAUCCUAGUUUUAAACUUUAAACAAUGGAUGAGCAUCCAUUCUAGAACUAGCAAUGCUAUUUCAAGGCUAUAUAACCGUCAUAUAAAUGGAAGGAUGUCUUUAGGGUGGUUUAA